AGCGGGGCUGAGCGGAUCAUGGCGGCCGCUGCGGGAAUGUCUGCCCUGUGCCGGCGCCUCAUGGGCUCGCUGCGGCUGUCAGGAGUGCGGCCAAGCUUGAUGGCUGCUGGCAUCCCUGGGUUGACACCAAAUCUCUUCCACAAGAGCCAAGCAAAAGUUGAGCUACUCCAUCAGUUGAAGUUUCUGCACACUACUUUGUCUCGGAAAGGUCUGGAGGAGUUUUUUGAUGAUCCAGCAAACUGGGGAGAAAAAACUGUAAAGUCUGGGGAUGCAUGGAAUAUAAAGCAACUGAGGGCCAAGAGUAGUGAGGACUUACACAAGCUUUGGUAUGUCCUACUGAAGGAAAAAAACAUGCUUUUAACUUUAGAGCUAGAAUCAAAACGACAACUCAAGCCUAUGCCAAGUCCAGAACGAUUAGAAAAGGUAGAAGAGUCUAUGAAAAAUAUAGAUUUGGUUGUCAGAGAAAGAGAAAUUGCUCUGAGGCUUCUACAAACUGGCCAUGAAAAGCCAGUACCUGGCGAGUGGAGACAUGACUUCCUAGGACGCACCUACUGGUACUCUUACAAGGAAUGGCCAAUACCAUGGUACUUGAACAAAAAAUACAAAAAGAGGAAAUUUUAUUACUUACCUCACGUGGAACGCUUCAUCAGGCUCAGACUUGAACAAUCUUUACGCACAAGGGCAAGAAGGCAAAGCCUAGAGAAAACAAAGCAGAAGCUCUUGGAAAGGAAGUUCCCUCACCUUGCUGCAAAAUCUCAGAGCCAGUAACACAGUGGAAGCCUGGCAAGCAAUUGGUCAAGUGUCUUUGCGACCAGAACAUGAAACAACUCUGAAACAACGACUGAGCAUUCCUGAAUCUUUUUGUUUUUUUUUUUUUAUUCCCAUAUUUGACCUAAAUUAGAUUUGUGAUUGGGAAUUAAAAGCAGCUUCAGUGCAUAUCUCUAAUCCUAACAGCUGUUUCCAGAAACACUUGAAAAAUUGCUUAAGUCACUUUUAUAAUAGUGAUACAGGCAUCAUUAAGAGUGAAGAGCAGCAACUGACUGCCAGAUGAAAGUAUGAAGUGUAGAGAUAAGUUACCUGGUUUAGUUUAACACACUUUAAAAGGAGAGACCUAAGUGUCUCUGAAACUCAUAUACAAAGCUUUAUUCCUUGACCAUCUGAGUUACAGGUACUUCACUUAAGUUACACAUGCUUUCUGUAUAAAAGCAUAGGAAACCAUGCUUUUGGUCUGCUAGAGAAACUUUUUCCCUGCCUUAAACCCAGCUCGUUAGGAAGUCUGAAAUAUUUAGUAUGUGAACUUUUACCUGUGCAAUUUUUCUAUCUAGAGUUCUAGAUAGCUAUGACAAAUUCAAACAUUAGUGCAAUGUUUUUGGGUUGGUUGUUUUUUUUGGUUUUAUUUUUUGUUGGUUUUGGUUUUUUUUUAGUGUGCAGAAUAGUUGAAGGAAGAUAGUAAUACUUGUAAAACUGAAGUAGAAAGGUGCUGGUGCUGCUCUCAGUUGAUGGUGAACACCUACUCAGGAAAGCUUUUAACCUUCUGCUGAGGUGAUGUAGAAUUUUUGAAUGAAGUCUUUUAGGAAACAAAUGUGCUAUACAAUGCAACCUGAUGAAACACAGUAAACUCCAAGGAAGCCAAAACUAGCAGAUAAACAAGUCUGUCUCUAUCAUCAACAGUUACUCCUCUGUGUCACAGAAAAUACCCACUUAAAACAGAAACUCUCUACAGUGGAGAGAAAACCACAGUGUGUUUUACUCUUCAGUAUAGGGAUAGGACAUUCAUAGAUACUACCAUGGCAUUGCAAUUCUGUCAAGAAGAUAAUCAACAUUUAUCUUCUAAGCACAUGACACAGAAGGAAGGUUUCAAAUGCAUAGCCAGUUCCUGAAGAGAAAGAAAAAAAAGCCUACUUUGUAUCUUCACCUCUAGCUAUGAGCUGUCCAGUCAAUCUUAAUGCUUCACCAAUGCCACAGUAACUUUAUAAAGCAUUACUCCUUGCAGUGUUCUGGGAUACAAGUUCAACUGACAUUCCACAUUCUACUUCCAUGCAAACCAGACUGAGUCUUCCAGUCUGACACUAUCUGGUGACAUACCCCCUACUGUAACUGACUUAAGUUUGCCUCAUUUUGUGAGAGAAAUAUGGUUUGUCAAUAGCUUGCAAAAUCUGGAGCAAGCAACUUUGUCUCAAGCAACUAACGGUCAUCAUGAUAAAACAUAAGCAGGCUGUUUUGAUACAUUAUUUUAUUGUCUGAAGGUAAUAUGAAACUUUUCAACUAGAAGCCUCAUCAUUAUUUACCCAGGAGGUUUUUAGGAUAGAAAAAUGUUGCAGUACUGUUCACAUUCUUUUUUAAAGUCAGUUAAAUGGUAUUUGGUUUUCCACAACUCUGAAGAUAACGAGCAAAACUUCAUUGUGUUCCAGUACAGAAUAUCACACCAUUGUAAAUGAAAGCAAAUUUAACAGCAACAUUGAUCUGCAUCUUGACAGCCAGUUCCUGCCCUCCAAAAAAUUAAAAAUCAUGUUACUUGCUGACCCUGA